AUGACCAACAUCAGAAUUGGUGCAUUUCCGUUGGAGAAAGAUGCGCAGACCUGUUUCGAACUUCCGUCUUGUAAGCAUCCAGGAGCGGAGGUUGAAAUACUCAAAAUGGUUUUUCGGUUGAUUGGAGUUAAUUAUACAGUGAUUGAUGUCUGGAAAGAGUUUGGUGAAGUAUAUGAUUUUGGUGCAAAACAAGCAGAUGGAAAUUGGUCCGGAAUGAUUGGUCUACUACAGAAAGACAAACUCGACAUGAUUGGUCUCUCAAUGAGAAUUUCCUCAGACCGGGAAGAAGCAGUGCUGUUUUCCUAUCCGACACGAGUGUUCCAAAGUGUUUUUGUUAUUGCGCCCCCAACUUUUACCUGCACUCGGCAGUUCAUUUUCAAUGCGUUUUCAAGAACUGUCUGGUUAUUCAUUGUGUUCUUUGUCCUACUUCUAUAUUUGAGCGAUUUGUUGAUCAAUUACUUCAAACUGAAAGGUGUUCAUCCAGAUAAACCGAUUCACAGACUUUUUCUUGACCUGUUUUCAACAAAUAUCAGUUUGUACAAUAUCAGUGCUCGAGUUCUACUACUGGUCAUUUUGAUCACAACAUUUCUUUUAUCUCAAUUGUAUCAAACUGACAUGUAUGCAUAUUUAUCUGCUCCCUUAACGUUUGCUAUUCCUUUUCGCACCACUAAAGAAGCAUUGGAUGUCGUUGAGAAAAAAAAGAUGUACUUUGCGGCUUAUGAGAACCAGACGUUUCUUUGUACUCAAAGUAUAUGUAAUCGUUAUCAACAGGUGAUCAAGAAAAAUCCAGUGAGGAGAGCUUUCAGAGAGAAGGAAGUCCAAAAUUUGAUCACAAACGGAGGGAUAUAUCAAUCAACUGUGGAUAGUGCACUUUUGCCAGGACAGCUUUCAUGGCUAAACGAGAAACAAAAAUAUUUGAUAAUUCGAGAUGAAGAUGCGCCAUCUUACUAUGUUGCAUAUAGUUUCUCAAAGAAAUACAAAAAAAUGGUGGACAAAUUCAAUAGUGCAUUAAUUGAAGUACUCCCAGCAGUGUCACUUAUUACCACAGGGCAUGGGUACAACACAAGAAAAAUUCCAUUCGAAGUAAGUGAUCUACAGAUUUAUGGUAUCUCGAGUGUUGUUCACAAUAAAAUAUAA